UCUAUCAGACACUAUUUAAUUACAGCCAUACAUUACUGUUUUCAAUGGUCAUGGUGCUGCUCUACAAACCUUUUUACUGCCAUCAUCCUGUUCACCUUUUUUACUAUUUUUUUACAUGAAUUCUUAACGCAUUUGGCUAAAAUAAUAAUUCAACACAAAAGGCUGACUACAAAAUAGACGUGGUUAAGAAAGUUGACUAACAGAUUUCUAAAAUAGCAUAGCAUAACUGUUUGAAGAUGUUCAUAAAGUACAGGUGUCAGAGAUGCUAAUAAAGUCUCCUUGCAUUGCAGGCCACCAUCUUUUGUCUCUACUUUCCUUCCUAUCCUUUUCGUACCAUUCAUUUUAUAUGCAAGUUUUAGCUACAAACUUCCAAUACUUGUAAUUCAAUUGAUUUCUUACUUUACAUUUCCUGGUCUUUUUUAUCAACUUUUUUGACAUUUUCUUGUAUUUUUCCUUUCAAUUCUAAACACUAAAAAAGGCAGGUACCCAACUGCUACUCCGACGACCUUGACUCUACUACUCGGUGAUAGAUCUUUUUUACAUGGUUGGUGAGUUGCAUGCAGUUUUGAAUUGGUCCAAUCCAACUAGUUGCCCUUUUCAAAGACUUGGACCAAACCCAUUUGGGAGAUUUACGUGUGUGAAUUGGGUAUUUAAAGAUUGAAUUCAAUAUAAGGUAUACUUGUAUUCAACAAUUCGUAACUUCUGAAACUAAUUGGUAUGAGGGAGAUGGAGAAAAAUGGGAUUUCAUUACCUCAAGGAGAAGAAGAUGAUUAUGAUGAUCUUGAACUAUCCGUUGCUUUGGAGUACAUGGGUCCUCAAGUCACUUAUGAGCUUCUGAAGGUGCAGCCUUUAGAAUCAAGAAAACCGGUCAUCCGUGUGGUCGGUUCACCAAACCAAAGUUCGAGACUAACGGCUAGCUCUGACUCUGUAGCUUCAGAUUCUUUCUCGGGUUCGCCUUCGGCAUCUCCUGGUUCGAUCCAUGAUCAACACGAAACUGAUCAUGAAGCGAGGAAAGGCCCUGUCGUCACUUUCAAGACUAUUGAUAGAUCAGAUAAGAAAGAUGUGGUUAGUUAUCCAGAAAAUGUAACCAUUUCAAGGAAGAAAAAGAAAACAAAAUUUUGUUAUAGAUGUGGGAAAGGGAAGUGGGAAACUAAAGUGUCUUGUUUGGUGUGUGAUGCUAAGUAUUGUAGCAAUUGUGUUCUUAGAGCGAUGGGAUCGAUGCCCGAGGGGAGAAAGUGUGUUACUUGUAUCGGGGAGGUGAUUGAUGAGUCGAAAAGGAUGACUUUGGGCAAGAACUCACGGUUAUUGGUUCGUCUGCUUAGUCCAUUAGAAGUGAAGCAGAUUAUGAAAGCGGAGAAAGAAAGUUCUGCUAAUCAGCUUCGACCCGAGCAGUUGAUUGUGAACGGAUCUCCGCUUAAACCCGAUGAGAUGGCGGAAUUACUUGGCUGCCCUUUACCCCCACAAAAACUAAAACCUGGUGCAUACUGGUAUGAUAAGGAGUCUGGUCUCUGGGGAAAGGUGGGAGAAAAACCAGAUAGGGUGGUGAGUUCAAACCUAAGUUUCAGUGGGAAACUUGAUCCUAAAACAAGCAAUGGAAACACACAAGUUUACAUAAAUGGCAGAGAAAUUACAAAAUUGGAGUUGAAAGUGCUCAGGGUUAGUUUAUUCAUUUCCUUACCUCCAGACGCUAGAAAUCUGGUUUAUCUUGCUAUAGUUGAUUCAAUUAUAUACACCAUCAUCCUGUAUCAUUACAUCUUAAAUCUGUUUGUUCAGCUUGCAGAUGUGCAGUGUCCUCGCGAUACCCAUUUCUGGGUUUACGACGAUGGUCGUUAUGAGGAGGAAGGCCAGAACAAUAUUAAGGGAAAUAUCUGGGAAAAGGCGUCAACGCGGCUUCUCUGUUCUUUGUUAUCAUUGCCCGUGCCACACGGUCAGCCUCAACGAGAGACCAAUGAAGCCAGAAAUAAUGCUACCGUUCCAAAUUACUUGGAGCAGAAAAAUAUUCAGAAGCUUCUGUUAUUUGGACUAGAGGGUUCUGGAACCAGCACUAUCUUAAAGCAGGCAAAAUUCUUGUAUGGAAACAGAUUUAGCGAUGAAGAGUUGCAAGAUAUUAAGCUUAUGAUUCAAAGUAAUAUAUACAAAUAUAUCAGCAUUCUGCUUGACGGGAGGGAACGCUUCGAGGAAGAAUUCAUGAGCAGGAAGAACUCCUCGGAAUCCCAUGAUGAAACCAUCCAAACAGGUAGCAUACCUGAUGGCAAUGGAACUGAUCAAUGUAUCUACUCAAUUAACCCGAGAUUGAAAACAUUUUCUGACUGGCUACUCGACAUUAUUGCCACUGGAGAUUUGGAUGCUUUCUUUCCUGCUGCAACGCGAGAGUAUGCUCCCCUGGUGGAAGAGGUGUGGAAGGAAGAUGCCAUCCAGGAAACAUAUAAGAGGAGAGACGAACUUCAUUUCCUUCCCGAUGUUGCAGACUAUUUCCUAAGCCGGGCUGUUGAGGUUUCUAGCAAUGAAUACGAACCUUGUGAGCAAGAUAUACUAUAUGCAGAAGGAGUGACCCAAGGUAAUGGUAUGGCGUUCGUUGAAUUCUCCUUGGAUGAUCGUAGCCCGAUUUCCGAGAUAUACUCAGACGAUCCCGAUGCUCAAUUCUUGCCUCUUACCAGAUAUCAACUCAUCAGAAUGAACGCCAAGGGGAUGAACGAAGGAUGUCGGUGGGUGGAAAUGUUCGAGGAUGUUCGUGUUGUCGUCUUUUGUGUUGCCCUGAGCGACUACAAUCAAAUGUGGCUUCCCAAGGAGGCCUCAGGGACCUCCACUGUACUUCAAAACAAGAUGGAACAAAGCAAAGAACUCUUCGAAACAAUGGUUAAGCACCCUUCAUUCAAAGACAUUCCUUUCGUGCUAAUCCUAAACAAAUACGACCUCUUUGAAGAGAAGCUUGCCCGGACCCCACUAACAACCUGUGAGUGGUUCGCCAAUUUUAGCCCAGUGAAACCGUACACAAACCACAAAAACCUCGCUCAACAAGCCUACUAUUUCGUAGCAAUAAAAUUCAAGGACCUGUAUGCAUCCCUAACGAAUAGAAAGCUUUUUGUUUGUCAAACUAAGGCUAGAGACCGCGCUACAGUGGAUGUAGCAUUCAAGUACGUAAGAGAGAUUGUCAAGUGGGAUGAUGAGAAAGAAAUGGCUUAUUAUGGUGCAGAGUCAACAAGUUUUUGUAGUACUACUGAUGCAAGCUCGACACCAUUUAACGGACAAGGGUGAAGUGAUGAAGACCAGUCUACCAGAUACAUCAUAUCUGGUUGCAUUUCCUUUUAUGAUGUCGGGAACAAACUGAAGUUAGUUAUAUGUAUUAUGAUGUCGGGAACAAACUAAAGUUAUUUAUAUGUAUGAUAUAGGGGCUAGUUUUUUCAUGC